CUUAUUUAUUUAUUUUUCAAAUUUGCAAUACUAAUUGUACAUAUAAAUAUUUCUUUUUCCAAUUUUUAUUACUCAAUAUACACUGCAUUUUUUCUCACUUGGUCGCAACAUUAUCCCUGUAUCCACAACAUAACACGACACAGUGCAAUACAUACACUUACACUCAUACAUUCGCAUUUCAGAAAAUGCAUAUUCGGCUGGCCUGGUUGCUCGCCCCCGCGCCACUGCUGCUAGCCUUGCUACUAGCCUUACUGCUAGUGGACAGCGUGCAUGCUACAACAACAGCCUUUCGCGCGGCAAACCUCGACGAGUUACAGGCAGUCUCCAGCCAAAUAUCAUCGUGGCGCGCCUUCGCAUGUAUGGUUCCCUUCACAGCCUCAGACAAAACCCCACUACUGAUGCUCUACGGCGGAACCAGCGACCCCGGCAUAACCGACCCGCUCUCCGCGGCAUCAUCCGGGCUAAACAAACUGCAAGUGUUCGACACAACGACCAGCAAAUGGUACGCGCCAAACACAGCCAACACGCCCACAACCGGUCCUGUUUUGCCCGGCUGCGGCGCCGGGUCAGGCAGUAUCUGGGUGUAUGACACCCAGUAUGGCGUGCCUAAUCGGGCGGCCACAGCGGUUAGUCUUCUGGAUAUCGUGCAUUGGAGUUGGAGCGCGCCGACGGAAAAGGGCCAGCUUCCCGUCACGCGCUUCGGAGCUGCAUUCGCAAAUGUGCCUGAUACAAAUCAAUUUUACAUGCAUGGCGGGAUCCCCCUGAGCGUCGACAAGAAUCUCGCUGCUGAUCCGCCGGCCAUCACGAAUAACAUGGACAUACUAUCGCCGUCGACCAUAUCAUGGAACUAUGCGAGUAAUGGGCCGGCACGCAAAUACCAUACCAUGUGCUAUAUGAGCUCCAUCAAGUCUCUUGUUAUGUUUGGGGGCUCUGAUAUGGAUAUUUCUAGCUACAAUGAUGUCAAAUUGCUCUCUACGACAAACAACAUCUGGCAGUACGCCGUUGAUAUCGAGGGCAAGCCUCCCUCCGAACGCAUUCUGCACUCCGCAGUGUGCACCAAGGAUACCAUGUAUGUGUUCGGCGGUAUGAGCGGCAUCGGUGCUGUGCCCUCGGAUAGUGCAGUGUGGAUGCUCAAGGCGACUGGAAAUACCAGUUUCAAGUGGUAUACAGCGCCAAUUAAUAUUGGGGCGGGGCUGAAUCCGGGGCCGACCGCACGCGCCGGCCAUUCCGUGGCACUGCAUAAGAACAACAUGUACAUUUACGGCGGAGUUGGGCCGAGCGGCCAGGACGACACCAUGUAUAAGCUGGAUCUCGAACAAAUGACGUGGUCGCAAACGAGUGUCACUGGGUUGGGCGUUGAAGUACAACAAACGAAGAGCAAGGUCAGAACUGCUGUAAUCAUUGCCGCCAUAGUGUCGUCCGUCUUGGGUACUGUAACCAUUGGAAUAGCAAUUGCUGUGCUGUACCGUAUAAUCAGACGCCACCACCGGAAUGCAUUUGGUGGAAUUGGCGUUGGCAGUUCCGCGCGCAGGCAUGACCAGGCCAACGGUUGCGUGAGCAGUGAUGAUGGCGAGGAUGACGGUGCGGUCAACAUGACCAUGAGCGAGUACAAGGGCGAAAGCCGCCGCGGCACAGGGAACUCUCACUACCCCAAAAACGAGGGCAUCCGCGGUGGCCGUGCAUAUAGUGAUAUUGGCGGUGGGGCCGCAUACAAGUACCCGUCGCCAGAUAAUAUCACUCCGGUUUCGCCCAGCAGUAUGGUAACCUUUGGGUUUCCGCCCGUAAUGCCCGUCAGUCACCAGGCCGAGUCCCCGGGGGGAUCCGCUAACAACAGCAGCAAUAUUCGCACACCGACGGAACAAAACCUAGUAAACGGUUCAAAUUUUGAUUCCGCCACAACCAUACCCGCCAGCAUCGCCACCGAGAUCAACCUACUCUCUGCCAAGGAAAAAAUUGCCAACACCGGUAGGCCGAGCACCAGUGGAAACCGUAUGAUGAGAUCAAUGCGCGCACACGCGCAGUCUCUUAGCAGCAGGUUUGGCCCAUCGCGGCUCUCGCAAGCAUUUGGUGACAACACCAACUCAGUUCCACAUUCGCCAUCAGCUCUGCCGCAGCAGCAGGCAAAUGGUAUUAGUAUUGCCAAUCGCAAUCGCAACCGUAGCCGUCGCGCGGCCACUGCAGGUGCCCUGUCCACUGGCGUCUACCGCCAGCCAGCAAUCAUCGACCAGAAUACAGCUAACAAUAUGUAUGGUAGCGAAUACUCGCGUCGGGAGAACGAGUAUCGUCAGGCAGAGGCUAUCAACCAGAUUCUGCUUUCCGGGCAGCCGAUUCCUGUGUGGUUGCGUGAUGCUGUGAAUCAGGCUCAGGGUAAUGACCCGGACCUAGAACACCCACAGCAGCAGCAACAACAAUAUGGUCAGAGCCAGUCUGAUCACGAUAUGGAUGUUGCCAGCGGUUCUGAGACAGCAGGUCUGGAGAGAUCCGUGCGCAAGCUAGGAAUUGUCAAUAAACCGAAGCCCAGGAGAAAAGCAACGGGCAACAAGGCGGUCACUUGAAAAUUGUCCAAUAAUAAUUAAAUUAAUAAAUUUUGUUUGUUUGCUUGCUUGUAUUUU